GGAUUGAAAAAAGAAUCAAAUUGUCUAUUCGCCAUUAAAAUGGCGUCAUCGAAGGAAACCUAUUGUUUGUGUGGUCAACCAUAUAAUAUUGGACAAUUUAUGAUAGAAUGUGAUUGCUGUCGUGAGUGGUUUCAUGGCAGCUGCGUUGAUGUCAAAAUAUAUCAUUCUGACGACAUUGACAAGUAUCACUGUCCAAAAUGCGCACAGACAUAUGGACCUUCAGUAUUAAAAAUCCCAACAAACAAUCAUCGCGCGGAUCGGUACGAGCUUGGGGCGGAGACUCGGCCUUCACAAGUGGGGACCCCUGCCUGGGUGCGGGCGCUGGCCGCUCGCCCCCUCAGGCCUGCGCCCGCGGCUCUGCAGCGCAUGAGCCCCCACCAGUUCACUGAGGAGUUCAUCAGAGAUAAUGGUUUCACACGGCCAGUCACAUUUACAACUUCAGAAGGCCUGGAUAUGAAGACUCCGAACCCAGGCACCUUCACAGUCAGAUCUGUGCUAAGAUUCUGUGGGGCACAACUUGAGGUUGAAGUGAUAGAUGUACGUAAACAGUCAACUCUGAGGAUGCCGCUGGGCGACUUUGUGGAUUACUUCGAGACGCCGCCCGAGCAUCGAGAUGAGAAAGUGCUCAAUGUGCUCAGUUUGGAGUUCAGUGAGACCAACAUGUCCCGCGUAGUAGAACCGCCAGCGAUCGCCCGCACACUAGACUGGGCAGAACGCGUGUGGACGCGCGAGCGACCUCCCGCGCCGCACGUGCGCAAGUACUGCCUCAUGUCGCCCGCCGGCGCCUACACAGACUUCCACGUGGACUUCGGAGGCACCACCGUGUGGUACCAUGUGCUGCAUGGCAGGAAGAUAUUCUACCUAAUCCCGCCAACUGCCACGAACCUCGCUCUCUAUCAGCAAUGGAGUGCAGCCAACAAUCAAAACGAGCGUUUCUUCGGCGACAUGGUGGAAUGGUACGGCACAGCAGAAGUGACAGCAUCACAAACAUUAUUCAUACCGAGUGGAUGGAUACAUGCAGUGUUGACGCCUUGCGACUCCCUCGUGUUCGGCGGCAACUUCCUGCAUUCCUAUGCUAUUGAGAUGCAGUUGCAGAUCUACGAGAUAGAGCGUCGAGUGGAGACUCCCACAAUGUUCCGCUACCCGCUGUUCGAGGCGAUGCACUGGUACGCCGGCGCCCACCUGCUCACCAUGCUGCGCCGCCACAACGAGGAGACGCAGGAUGAAGAGUUCACCCUGGGCGAGGCGGCGGCCCGAGCCCCGACGGCGGCGCUGCCGGCGCUGCUGCUGCGAGGAGUCAAGAUCCUCGCCAACGCGCUCAAGGAGUGGCAUGCGCUCAAGAGUACAGACACAGCGAAACGCGACAACGUGCCCAAAUGCCUGAACUCUGGUCAGCUGGUGAGAGAACUUUGCAAGGAGCUCAGAACCUUGGAGAAACGGUCCACUUCCACUACUGGCAAAGAUAAGGACUUCAAAGUGAAACACAACUCUUCUCCCACAAAGUCUCAGAAGAAAGGUCACAGUAAUUCCAAGAAAUCUCUCAAGCUGACUUUACCGAAGCCUAUCAUGCACAUGGGACAAAACGGAGAGUUUGUUGACGAGAAAGUAUAUACGGACAAGUUUUUUAUCGAUAAUAAGGAGGUGGUAUACCAAGAAAGAUACGUAACACAAGACGUUAAGUUCGCCAACGGGUUGCCAGACACAAAAUAUAUAGUAGAAGGAAAAGAAAUGGUCAUACCUGAGAAAGGGUAUGCUUAUCAGACGUACGAAGAAGUUCGGUAUCCCGAGGAAAAUGGAUAUGUUGAGAGAUCCGAUAAGAAACCCACUGCGCUGAAGAUUAAAAUGAACAACUCACCAUCUUCGUCCCGCGCGGACGCUCCGCCACCCUACGCUCUCCCGGAACACUCGAUCCUCAAGUCCCACCUCAUCCGCGCGGACCGGCCGACGCUCAAGCCCAUACAUCAGUGGACUAUCUCGAAGAAAGACAUCGGCGACUACCAUGAAGAACAGAUAUUGUUUACCAAUGAAAAUCUACAGGCUAAUGUUAGAAUUGAUGGACAGGAUAUGAAUUAUGGACCAGGCAUGUAUUCAGCCGAAGACAUACAACAAGACUAUCAGUACUCGGAAUCAGCCAAGCCGGGUUCUUAUCAGCCGGUUUACAGUUAUCAGCAGCCGCAACAAAUAGCUUACACCACGGUGGAUACGUACCAGAGAUAUGAGGAAGUACCUUCUGUACAUCAGCAAACGGCGAGUUACAGUAAUGUAGUCCAGGAGCCAGUGAACGGGGAUUACCAUCAGACGCCACUGCCGUCGUAUGACGCUGCAAUUGCACAUCAAUAUACCGCUACUACUAAUUAUCAAGUAGUAGAAGAAACAAAGCCAGCGCAGCCGGUGACCCCCGUCCGUCGCUCGGAGCGUCCCGUCCGUCGCCGCGUGUCCAACACGUACGACUACGAGGACUCCGACCUGUAUAUAGACGACACACCCGCGCCCCGGCCCAGGAAGACCAAGCACAAGCACGGGUAUAGGCGUGGGGAACAUAGUAAUGCAACAUCAAAUGCAAGCAACAAUUACAAGCAAGUGUCGCGGCCGGCGCCCGUCAACGGCAUCGAGUCGCUCAUACAGGCGUCUGUGCUAGCUGAGGAGGAACAGCCUGUUGUUGAGACUGAGCCAGAAGACGCAGCAGUAGCCGGCAUGCUCAGCAUCAGCUCUCGCUUCACGGACACAGCUCGUACAUUCGGCCUCGCCAGCGACACACAGCCGCGGCACGACAAGCGGGCCCGCAAGCCGCAGCUGCCGCCCGACUUGCCUGAUGAGGAAGAUGUUAUCAAAGAGGUGCAUAGAGAUGAUGAGUAUGUGUAUCCAUCGUUGGAGAUGAGUUCGGAUGAGGACGAAGAAUGGACGGCGUCCAAGCGGAGAAGAAACUCACGCAACAGGGUGGACUCGCGGUCUAAAGCAGAAAAGGACGAGGCGUGGUCCCCUCGCGCGCGGCUCGGUCGGCUAGUGCCGCGCCUGCGCACCGCCGCCCGCGCCGGCGUGCGCCGCGAGUGCGUGCGCGCCGCGCUGCACGCCGCCGCCGCCCGCCCCGCGCCCCGCGCGCCGCACCCCGCGCCGCACCCCCGGCUGCAUGACGCGCAGCCCGCGCCGCAGCCAAAUGCAAAACGAGCAGUGCUAGCGACUAAAAGUAAACGGCCGCCGCCGCCCGUACACAAUACGCCAAAUAAUAAGAUUGUUUCAGAUGCAAGACUGAAGAAAGGGAUGAAGACAGCAAAGCAGCGUCUCGGUAAAAUCCUUAAGAUACACAAAAUGAUAUAUUAAAUAUAAUUAAUUUUUAGUUUACUAGAUAGUGCGUGACGGACGGACGUAUGUAGAUGUAUAUUUUAUAUAUGUAUUGUAUAUAAGCACGGACGGACCAAUACGUGUCGAGAUCGAACGAUCGCUAGUUGACUAACUGCGGGUUUCAAUAAGCUAUCUAUUUAUCGAUUUGAAUACUAGAGAUAGUAUUUAGACAGCUCCAUAUUAUGAGUAGUGUCAAAUCCUAUGUUUAGUGAAAAAAGAAGAUGUAGAUAGGUUAUUGAAAUCCACCGCAUAUUGAUCUUUUUUUAAGCUAUAAAUACUGACGAGAAGUGUUGCAUCAUUUUUAAUUACAUUUUCAACAUAGUAACAGAGUUGAGUUUAUUUUUAACAUCGCAUAAAAUGGUUACUGAUUCUUCCAUAAUUUUCAGGUUAUGAAUUAUCCAUUUGACGACGUAAAACAAGUAUGAGGAAUUUUGUAUUUAAGUGAAAAUGAAACGAAAUGUUUAGUUAAUUUCAUAACCAAAUUCGAAUGAUUGAUGUAAAUUGUGACCAAUAAAUUUGUAGAGCACCUUUUUGCGUAAUAGUUGUGUCUUUUAUAAAUGGUGCAACAUUUCUUCAAUAUUAAAUUUUUUAUGUAUCAAGUGGAAAUAACUAGAUACCUUUUAAUUCAACUGUUAAAGCUAAAAAGAGUCAUUCUUGAAAUAGAUCACAAUAUUAUUUUUGUGUACUUCAGUAUUAUUGAUUAGUCAAUUAGAGAAAUAUUAAAACGUGAAAAAGAGGCUUUUAUGUCUUACUUUUAUGUUAACUUCAGUAAUAUUUUUUAAAUGUUUUGUUGUGUAUUGUUUCCACCUGAUAUAUAAAAAAUAAGCUUGACUUGAAAUAACCCAGUGUUGAGUUCUUUACUGCCCAAAAGCCGGGUGAACACAAAAUUCUUAAUAUUAUAAAUUUCCGAAAAUGUACACAGUACGACACAGUUCACAUUUUUUCGAAAGUUUAUAAUCUUAGGACAUUAUACACUAACAACGUUUUCACACUAGCGGAUUUUCCUCGUCGGAAUGAUCGGUUCGUACAGGCUGUUUGACAACAAAUACUUGACGGCUAUAGGUGUACCUACAGAAUGUUUUGUGCAAUUGACAGCUGUCAAUUAUCAAGGAAAAGUGACAUUUUUUACCCUUGCUUUUUAAAUUAUCACACCUACUUACUCAUACUUACUACAUUACUUACUCUUAUCACUUUGUCAGUGGCAGAAAUGCUGACAUCUGCAUCGAAGGCAUCGAUUGGCAGAAACAAAAAUAGAAUAGCACAGAAUUGUCAACCGCACUAAAAAACGGUGUCACCUAAAAUCGUGCGACAGUUUAUUGCCACGUUGAAUGUAUCGCGCGAUAAAAUCCGCCAGUGUGAAAUACGCUGUUACGGUAAUAUACAUCUGUAUGUAAGUGUGUACCCGGUAUUAUUGUGCACAGGUUUAAAAUGUGAUUUAAUAUUUAAUUAACAAUAGGUUUAGUGCAUACUUUCUCAAACAUUAGGCUUGGGGUGUUAUUCAAUGUUUCAGUUUAGUUGAAAGUCUCUUUAAGAAAAUAUUAUUUUUUUCAUCUCUCCAUGAAUCAUUGUAUUUUUUUUUUGUGUGUUAUUUAUUGCGUCAUAUACAACAUAUAGAAUAAGGUUAGUUCAUACUAUGAUAUACUGGCCUUUUUAAAUUCAACCUAUUUCAGAUAACUUUUCUGCAUUUAUUUAAUUAGCAAUAUUUAAUUAUGGCUAUUAAAUAGCUAAUUUAGUAAAGAGACUUUCAACGAACUGUCGUGUUUUGGUAAGAUCUGAUUUUUCAGUUGUUUGUGUAUUUGUCUUAUAAAUUAAUAUUUGAUUAAUUAAGCUUAUUAACUGACUUUUGAUAUACGUUCUAGUUACAAGUUUCUAAAUUAAUAACUUUUUUCUAUCACAUUAUAUUUAAUACUCGACUUUUCGAUUCUGUUGUAAACGACAUAAAAAAUAUCGAAUUAUAAAAGUAAAAAAUCUAUAUAUUAUAUGUAUAAAAAGACAUUAUUUUUCAUUAAAAAAAAUAAACCAACCACCGAAUAAUUAAUGUAAAUAAAGAUGAAUUGAGAAAUAAACGUUUAAAAAAAUACAAAAAAAUAUUGCUUUAGCUACUUAUCGAAAUUUUUUUGUUAUGUUUUAGUGAUAGUAGUACAUAAGUACAUUUGAUCAUGUUUUCAAUGUUAUUUUGUUGUAUCAGAUUUAAUACGGACGCAAAAUGAACUUAUAUUUGUAUUAGACUCAGUGCAAUAAGAUCAUAUGAGUAUCUCAAUAAUUGGAGUAGGUAUCUAAAUUAUUAUCAUUUUGUAAAAUAUUGACAUGGACUUAAAGGUGAUUAUUUUCAUAAUAAUUAAAAAGAAAAAUAGAGUGACAAUUUGUGAACAUUUAACACACCGAUUGGGGUUUUUAAAAUAAAAACGUUUGUUUUAAAAAUUUCGUAUAAUUUUAUUGCACUCAAAUAAUUUUGCGUUUGCAUUAAACAGCUUGUUCUCAUUUGCAAAAAAAAACAGGGUGUGUUUUUCAUAUUUUUUAAUAUAAUAUUCAUAGACGUGUCGCAUUCGGGUGAAAUGUCCAUAUUUUUCCGAUAGCAUUAUUUUGUGGCAUAUAAUAAGACUUUCAGGAACUUUAAAAAUUAUAUAAUCAAACAUAAUAUUCCAUAAACGUAAACUGUAAUAUAUUUUUAUAAACUUCAAUUGCUGUCUUAAAACUGCAACGUUUUAUAAUAUGUCACGAAAUUUCUGAGUAUUCCAUAAGAAGUAGGUAUAUCCGGGUAUAGGCUAUGAUUACACAAUGUCGACUUACCCGAAUAAAAUGUCUAGCUGUAAUACAAAUCAGUGUAAAAUAAUCCUUUAAAUUACUUGACCAUAAUUAGUAAACUUUUUAUAUGUAAUGUAAUUUUUGUAGGAACCGACGUUAUUUAGAAUUGUAAUGAUUUAUUAGAGAAUUUUAAAGGGUUAACUUACAUUUUGGUUUCUAAGAGUUUUUCUACGAUUUACGUAUCGCACCAUUGAGUCAUGAUAUAAGGCGUGUCGUUCACUGUAAAUAGUUCACGAAAUUACUACCUACAUAAUUUGUUGCUUUCGCCUGGGAAGAAACGUCACUCCUUUGCAUAGAUCUCCUUUUAAUUAUCAUUGAAGUCCGAAGUCGGAGAAGAGGUAUACAUAGGUCCCUUAAAACGGGAUACAAAUGGAUAUUAUCUAAGUCAACAAUGGGUCUUGAAUUCAUUUAGAAACCUUAUAACUUAUAACCAAAUCAAACAAUUAAGUUAUUUAUAGAAAGUGUCAAUAAGCAACCUAAAAAGAAGAAUGUAAUUAAACCGUAACGUAAAGUUUGAGGGCGACCAUAUUAAACUACUGUAAGCAGUAGAUUAUCAUUCAUUCAUCAUUCACCAUAUUAAUUCUUUAUUUCAUCAUUCAUUAACUCAUUCUUGGUUUGCCCAAUGCCAAUAUGUUUAUUGUUUUAUUUCAUUUUUUGUUCACACAUACAGGAAUGAAUUUUAUCCAGUGCGCAAACUUUGUCAACUUAUAGUUAAAUAAGUUUUAUAGAUACGUAUAUUUUUAUUUUGUAGUGUUUUAGUACAAAAAAGAAAAGUUAUUGAUAUCGAAAGAUGUUUAUUUUGUAACCGAUAGUACGGUCACAGUCGUCAUAGUAUGCACGGCGGCAACGCGAAACCGGUUUACUGACGCGAGCUCCGCUCAGCGCGCGUAAGAAUAGUUGGUAUCCAUAUUUUGCUGAUUUUAGGGCGGACAAAAGAAUGAAAUUUUUUUUUUACUGGUGAUGCAGAUAUGUUCUGUUAACGAUUCUGGACCACCAGUUUUUUUUUUGCGCACUGCUUAAAAUUCAUUCCUGUAUAACAUAUUCUUCCUUACAAGAUUGAUGAAACCCAAAACUUUUUAAAAGUUGUAUUUGUAUUAAUCAUUCAUACAUACAUCACAUUUAAAUACAGGUGCAACUUUUGAAAAAGACACGGUUUUAGCAAGACAGCUUUGUGAGAAAAUAUUAUGUGAAAGACUUGUCAAAUUGUGUAAAUAUAGCCCAUGGUAUGCAAUAUUUCAAUGAUUUUGGGUCCAGUGUAUUUGGACUUGAAGCAUUUCUUAUUAUUACCCAUAUCAGUUAUUUAUAGUUGACCCAUUUUCACCAACACUAUGACCGACCGUUUUUCUUAAAAUAAGUAUUUACUUUGAAAAUUGAACGUAAAAAUUCAUACUAAACAGCUGUUUUAAGAAAACUCAUGUUUAUUUUGUCAGUGAACUUAGGUCUUAGUAUAUUUGGACUUUAAGCAUUUCUUUUACCUAAUCAGUUUUUUAAACUUAGUUCAAUGCAAUAUCUAAUUAAAUUAGUUGUUAAAACAUAGGUAGUUUUUUUGUGAACUAUUUACACAGUGAAGUGACGCCAUUGCCACGUUUAUUUACUAAGCCUUUGAUGUUAAUUAACUUAUUAAGAUGUUUUCUAGUAGGAGCACUUAGUUUUACGAGGAAGCGCCUUCACCCUUCAUGGUAUAAACAUAGUUGUAAAUGUGUAUUGGUGAUUUGUACGUUGAUUGGGGUUCUUUAUCACUACUAUAAUGACUUUAAAACAAUUCAUGACACCCACAGGAGUCAAUUUCUAAAGACGUCGAAUAUGUCUUUAGUUAGUAAUAUAUUUUUUUUUAAUUAAAGACUAUAUAAUUAAAGGCAAAAUUCAGGUCAUUUCAAUGAAAUAUGACUUGAGCCUACAUUAUUUUAGGCGUUGUCAGUGUUAUACGUAUUAGCAUAAAAUGUAAAAUAAACAGAGUUAAAUGAUUAAAUACCGAUUUUGAUGUAGUUUAUUUCAAACUACAUCUAGUGCCUAAAACAUUAAUAAAUGAUCAUGUUUUCAUUCAAGAUUAUUUCUGAACUUUAUAAUAGUAUAAAGAAUCCAGUCAACAAGGUGUAUGGUAUGAGCGAUUGAUAUUUACAUAUAGUAAAAAAAAGAUAUAUUGUACAUUAUGGAUAACAGUGAAUGUAUAUUGUUGUGACAGAGGAAACAAUUCUCUAGACAAAACAUUUA